AUGGCGGACCAAGCGCAGCAACCGCCGCAGCAGCCUCCUCCCCAAGGAGGUCCUCAGGGUGGUCCUCAAGGAAGUCCCCAAGCAGGACCUCAAGGCGCGCCCCAGCCAGGCCCCCAGAUCCAAUUCCGCGGACCCCCAGGAGCACCACCCCCGACACCAGAGCAGAUUGCCAUGAUGCAGAGGCAGCUCCAGGAGCAAGCACAGAAGGCUGGCAUGUCCGUACCUCAAUUCGUCGAGCACAUCCGGAGACAGCAGAUGCAGCAAAUGGCCAUGCGCGCACAGCAAGCACAGCAGCAGGGCGCACAGGGUCAGCCGCCAGGAGGCCCAGGAGGUCCUCAGCCAGGACAAGUCGUUCAGAAGGGCCCAAUGCCGCCGCCGCAGCAGCAGCAACAGGCUCAACCUGUCCAACCUGGCCCGCCAAACCCGCUGGCCAUCGUGCUCGCCAAUUUCCUCCGUGGCCAGAGCCUCAAGCCCCGAACUGUCAUUUUCAACGGCGAGCGCAAGGACAUGUUCCGUGUUAAGCGAGCCCUACGCGCCCUGCAAUCUCCCGCUUACGAGAAGCUGCGAAAGAAGAACCCCGGCCUUCCGGAAAUCAAGGACCGCGCCAGUCUCGAGAACUGCUUCAAGCUGCUGCCCAUGUCGAUGCUUGCUCUGCGCGUUAGCAAGGUCGAUCCUCAUGAAGGCCAUGAUCACGGCAAGAAGAAGGGAAAGCGCGUCAAGGGCCAGUGGACCGUCAAGAUUGAGCAGCAACAAGAGGCUCACGACGACAUGUACUACAUCUGGUUCUACGAGGGCAGUCAGGUCAUGCGCAAGGUUUACGCUGUUCUUGCCUUGAUUGCCAUUUUCAUUUGCGUCUUGUAUCCUCUCUGGCCCGUCUUCCUUCGCCAAGGUGUAUACUACCUUAGUUGGGGUUUCAUCGGGCUGCUCGGUCUCUUCUUUGCCAUGGCUAUUUUCCGUGUUAUUCUUUUCGGCAUUACGUAUUUCUUGGUCUCGCCUGGACUUUGGCUGUAUCCCAACCUGUGGGAAGAUGUCUCGUUCAUGGACAGUUUCCGCCCUGUUUGGGCUUGGCAUGAGACCGCGAAGCCAAAGAAGAAGAAGAAGUCAAAGUCGACCGCCGUAAAUGCCGAGGCCUCUGCCCACUUUGCUGGUGUCACUGGUCAAUCCGCCCCCGCUACCGCUACUACGACUGGAACCUCGACGCAGAUCCAGACGGCUCCUCUGGGACAGUCAGCAUACGCCGCACCCCGUGUCGAGGAAUUGGCGGAUGACGAGUAA